CACACUUCCCUUUCCGUUCUUUGCAUCAGCAGUCCUUUUCCUCGAAACAAAUAUGAAGGCAUCAGUAGCUUUGAUCUUGCUAGUUUGCGUGGUCUAUGUUUCCGCUUACGGGACCCAUCGACCAACGACUCAUCGUCCAACUCAUUACCCAACACGUCCAACUUACCGUCCAACUCACCGCCCAACUCACCGCCCAACCCAUCGUCCUACCCAUCGUCCAACCUAUCGCCCAAUGAAGAAUCUCGGCAACUCCAAUGUCAACAUCAACGACAACAAAAACAACAAUGUUAACAUCGCUUCGCUUUUAUCCGAACUGUUCGGCCAGGAGGAGGAAUUUCCUUGCACUAUCGGUGACCUCUGUUACGAGAAAAAGAAUUUGAUCAAGUCCGGCGCUGCUGCCGUCGACGCUAAAAAGGCCGUGGAACCAACUGAAAAGGUCGCGGAAAAAAGCGUUGCUCCUGCCGCCGUUCCUGCCGCCGCUCCUGUUGUCAUUCCUGCCGCUCCUGCUGCCGAUGUCAACUUUGAUCAGUUCACCAACUUCGCAGAUUUCCAAGAACCUAUUUUUGCGGAUUCUGCUGAAUUUGAUGGAAGUGACGAUGACUUUUUUGCUUAACUUUCUUUUGGAAAUGAUUGGAAUUCUUUUACGGCGUUUGACAACUGACACUAAACACUAAGAUUCGGCCCUUCUACAAUGAACUGAAUUUUCAUGUCAAUCCUAUUUUGUAUAGGAACGAUUUGUUAUUCCAGUUUUACCCAAGAAAAAGAAUACACACAACUUAUGAAAUAA